UUCGGUAGCCUGUUACGUCAGUGCGUGCGAGCGCUCGGGCUGGGUGUCUGCACGAGGCGGUGGGCGUCUUGCUGCGACGGUUCGGUGUUGAGGCGCUGCUCGCGGCGUGGUAGAGUUCGGACCUCAUGGCGGAGAUAAUUCACGAACGCCUAGAAGAUCGACUCCCGGAAUUGGAACAGCUGGAGCGCAUUGGGCUGUUCAAUCGUUUGGAGAUUAGGGCUAUCAUUAAGAAGGCUUCCCAUCUAGAAUACAGAAUACAGCGAAGAGCCCUUUUAAAGGAUGACUUUAUCAGUUAUGUUCAAUAUGAAAUUAAUCUUUUGGAGCUGAUCCAGAAAAGAAGAGCACGCAUUGGAUAUUCGUUUAAGAGGGAUGAGAUUGAGAAUUCUAUUGUACGCCGGGUACAAAAUGUUUUCCAGCGUGCUUCAGCAAAGUGGAAAGAUGAUGUUCAACUUUGGGUAACCUAUGUAGUUUUCUGUAAGAAAUGGGGUACCAAAACUCAACUUAGCAAGAUAUUCUCUGCCAUGUUGGCCAUUCAUUCCAACAAGCCAGCUUUGUGGAUUAUGGCUGCCAAAUGGGAAAUGGAGGAUCGAUUGUCUUCAGAAAGUGCAAGGCAGCUAUUUCUUCGGGCUUUGCGCUUUCAUCCAGAGUGCCCGAAACUUUAUCAAGAAUACUUUAGGAUGGAGCUGAUGCAUGUUGAAAAACUGAGGAAGGAAAAGCAAGAAUUUGAAAAAGCCAACAUGGACGUGGAGAAUCUUGAUUAUUCUGAAGAAAUCCUUCAGGGCGAGUUGGCACGGAUCGUCUAUAAAAAUUCUGUAAGCGUAAUUAAAGGUGCGGAAUUUCACCUGUCACUGCUUUCAAUUGCACAGCUAUUUGAGUUUGCCAAAGAUCUCCAAAAAGAAAUUUACGAUGACCUCCAGGCUCUACACACAGAUGAUCCUCUCACUUGGGAUUAUGUGGCAAGGCGAGAAUUAGAGAUAGAGUCACAGCCAGGAGAAGAGCCGCCUGUGACGAAGCGAGCCAAAUCAGUGGAGCUGGGCCGGAGGGAGGAGAGAUGCUAUGCCGUGUAUGAAGAGGCAGUGGAGACUCUGCCAACAGGGGCCAUGUGGAAAUGUUACAUGAAUUUUUGCUUGGAACGAUUUGCUAAGAAGACAAAGAAUGGGUUCCUCAGAGGGAAGAGGCUGCAAAGAACCAUGAGUGUAUUCAGCAGGGCACAUGAACUGAAGUUUCUGCCAGAGUUGCAAUACAAGCAAUGGAUUGAGUUGUUGUCACACUACAACUACUUUAGGGAAGCUCUGGAGGUGGCAGUAGCUGGGACUGAUUUGUUUAGAGACUCUGCAACAAUGUGGCAGAGGAAGCUGCAGGUGCUGAUUGCCUCAGAAAGCCCUGACAUAGCCAUGCAUUUUGAAGAAGCCUUUGUGUGCCUGAAACCGCAGGUUUGUCUCCCCUUGUGGAUUUCUUGGGUAGAGUGGAGUGAGAGUACAGAAAGCCAAGAAGACACUGAGGCAAUCUUUAAGAGAGGUAUCUUAGCUGUCACAGGUGCUGACUCAGUAACCCUGAAGGAUAGGUACCUGGAUUGGGCUUAUCGAAGUGGUGGCUACAAAAAGGCCAGAGCUGUAUUUAAAAGUUUACAGGAAAGCCGUCCAUUUUCUGUUGAUUUUUUCAAGAAAAUGAUUCAGAUUGAAAAGGAACAAGAAUCCUGCAAGAUGGAGAAUAUAAGAGAAUAUUAUGAGAGGGCUUUGAGAGAGUUUGGAUCUGUAGAUUCUGAUCUUUGGAUGGAUUACAUCAGAGAAGAAUUGAACCACAUCCUUGGUAGACCUGAGAACUGCGGACUGAUCUAUUGGCGAGCCAUGAAAAUGUUGCAGGGAGAGUCAGCAGAGGUGUUUGUAGCGAAACAUACAAUGCAUCAGACUGGCCAUUUGUGAAGAGAAAGAAUACAAUCAACUUUGUGAAA